AUGUUUGCAUCACUGCUACCCUCCGGCGCCAAUACGCCCAAUUCUGGCCGCUACAGUCCUGAUCAUACCUCUGAUUCUCACUCUGCAUCACAUACAAUCCUCACACAGGAAACUUCCACAUCAAAUAAUGAGCACCUCAGGUUCCCAGCGAAAGGUCGACGGAAAAAAAUCGUCGUCGCAAUGACGGGUGCCACCGGCGCAAUUCUAGGCAUCAAAACACUCAUCGCCCUUCGCCGGCUCAACGUUGAAACACAUCUUAUCAUCAGCAAAUGGGCCGAGGCCACUAUCAAGUACGAGACGGAUUAUAGUCCUCGGAACGUCCGCGCAUUGGCAGACUAUGUGCACAACAUCAACGACAUGGCGGCACCAGUGUCGAGUGGCUCUUUCAAGACGGACGGGAUGGUAAUCGUGCCUUGCUCGAUGAAGACGCUUGCGGCAAUCAACUCUGGUUUCUGUGACGACUUGAUUUCCCGUACGGCAGACGUCAUGCUCAAGGAACGGAGGCGGCUGGUUCUCGUCACGCGCGAAACCCCGCUUAGCGAUAUCCAUCUUCGCAAUAUGCUUUCUGUCACGCAGAGUGGGGCGGUCAUUUUCCCUCCCGUGCCGGCUUUUUACAUCAAGGCUUCUAGUAUGGACGAGAUUGUUGAUCAAAGCGUUGGACGGAUGCUUGAUCUCUUUGAUCUUGAUACUGCUGAUUUUGAGAGGUGGGAAGGUUGGAAGAAGGAGUCAUAA